CAUCUAUCAAAAUCCCCCGACUGGUGCUCCAACAAAUGGACGCCGAACUGGCCCGAUCCCGGCACGGCUGGGUACGGACCACCCAAAUUGUCUCCACUCAUCGCCGGAUCUCGCCGGAUGAUCGCAGCGGUUGUCGGCUGUGCUACGGACGACACACAUCGCCGUGUCGGACCUCAUCUGACCAGUGAGGGUUUGCGAUUUGGGACCAUGAGUGGGCUUCUGUGGUGUUUCUCUCUGGAGGCAGGAUGAUGAGGUCUCCGGUUUCGAGGUUUAUAUCUAGAACAGACCUUCCUUCUCUUUGUCUGCGAGCGAUUCGUCAACCAUCAAUCCGCAGUGUGAGAUUGUGCAUCAGACAGAACCUCUCACGAUGGCGCCCUCGUCAGAAAUUCCACCUCCAUACGAACAGCCUGCGAAGCCCAGCGGGCUAAAGGUGGACAAGCCCAACUUUAUCAUCUUCAUGCCGGACCAGCUCCGUUACGACUCACUCAGCUGCAAUGGAAACAAGACCGUGAAGACGCCCAACAUUGACCGCUUCGCGGCCGAGGGCACCCGCUUCACAAAUUGCUUCGUCCAGGCCUCCGUCUGCACGCAGUCCCGCUGCAGCAUGUUCACGGGCAACUACCCGCACGUCACGGGCCACCGUUCCCUUGAGAACCUCAUCAAGCCGUGGGAGCCCAAUCUCUUUCGUUCGCUCAAGGAGAAGGGAGGGUAUCACGUCGCCUGCCUAGCGCCGAGGGGAGAUACCUUUGCGCCGACGGUGACGGAGCUGUCGCUGGACGAGUACGGGUUCCUCGAGACGCCCGAGUUCGUGCCACGUUUCGCGGGCGGCGGGAAUAAGGAGCCCGAGGACAGGGAAGAUAUCUGGAAGAGGCUAUUCUACAAGGGGUUGAGGAACAAUGAGGAGGCGAUGGAUUAUGAUGAUGCUGUUGUGAGAGGGGCGCUGAAGUGGUUGGAGUGUCCGCCGACGGAUAAGCCUUGGGUGUUGUUCAUGCCGCUCAUUUUCCCGCAUUGUCCUUUCCAGGUGGAGGAGCCGUAUUUCUCAAUGUAUGAUCGCGGUGAGAUGGGCGUGCCUACGAAGCCGGAAGACAAGACCGGCUACGAGCCUCGCUACAUGCAGAUCAACCGCGAGCGGUACGGCACCCACCGCGCGACGCCCGAGAUCUGGGCCGAGGUGAUGGCGACGUACUACGGCAUGAUCUCCCGUCUCGACGACCAGUUUGGGCGCGUCGUGGAGAAGACGAAGGCGCUGGGUCACUGGGACUCGACGGUGACAAUGUUUUUCACGGAUCACGGGGAGUACCUCGGUGACCACGGCAUGAUCGAGAAGUGGCCGUCAGGCCUCUCGGACUCGCUGACCCACGAGCCGCUGAUUGUCGGCGGCUGUGGGCUGCCGCGGGGCGUGGUGUACGACGAGAUGGCGGAGAUGGUGGACCUCGUCCCGACGGUGCUGCAGUUUGCGGGCAUCGGGGAGCAUUUCCCACACUGCGGUGUCUCGCUCGCGGACGUGCUGACCUCGGGAAACACCACGUUGAAGCACAAGGAGUUUGCCUUUUCCGAGGGCGGGUUCCUGACGAGCGAGGAGCCGUUGUUGGAGCAGGCGCCGUACCCGUACGACAUCAAAGCCGCCUUGCAGCACGAGGACACGACGAUUGUGGGCAAGAGCGUGUCGUGCCGGGAUAAGGAGUGGACGUUCGUGUAUCGACUGUACGAGCCGGCGGAGCUGUAUGAUCGGGCCGGGGACCCGGGGGAGUUGCAUAAUUUGGCCGAGGUGGGCGAGUAUCAGGAGGUGAGGAGGCGGAUGGAAGGGGUUGUGUUGCGGUGGAUGGUGGCGAGCAGUGAUUUCUUGCCGUGGCGGAAGGAUCCGAGGUUUCCUGCUGUGGAGAUGGAGAGUGUUGCGGAUCAAUUUAGGAGACGGGGCGGACGCUUGGAGAAGGAUGUUAAGGGUUGAUUUCUUGGAACGCUGUAGAAAUCGGAUAUGAAUGUGAUUGAUACGGAG